AUGGCAUCGCCUUCUACUCCCGACUCUCACAAGAGUUCCAGCAGUCCUGAUGAAUCAGACAUUACCCCUUCCCCUACUCAGCAGAGCACCCCUUUUACUGAGAUGGGCACUCAUACAAACCCCCGAUUAAAGAAGACCAUGGAUUACUCUAAGCUUUUCGCCGAAUCCAACGGCGCCCGCCCGGAUCAAAUCCCAGCUGUGCCUUUGAGCUAUGUUCCUGCCCAGCAUACGCCUCCUCCUUCGGAUUUAGAUCUCACCCCGUUGAUCUUUUACAAGCGCAAGGGUGAUCUUGGAAACACAUUCAAUCCUCACGGUGGCUCAAACAACUAUAUCUUCAAGCCAUGCGCUGAUGUCCUGGCCCAAGCUCAACCUCAUCUUCAGAAUCAGUAUCCUGUGGUUAUGAAUCGCAUGACUGCCCACCCGCCUGUGCCUGUCAAUCCCGUUCGCCAGCCUGAUAUUCCUCCCGUCGACCAUGCUUCCCGUGUUAGAGACAGUUUCGCUGGAAAUCUUGCCCCUUCUCCCGCCAUCUGGGAGGGCCUCAAGGGCCAGUUCAGCCAGUUCAAUCUCGGCGAACACCAAGCUCCUACAUCUGCGCCCCGUCAAACCACUCUAUCGCCUGACCAGGAAGUUCGAGCCUUCAAGCUUCCGAGCUACCUUACCGCGUACACCACUCGUCAGCCCUUUUCGUGCAGCAACACCUCUGUGACUUCGCUUCCCCAGCCGGACAGCCCUACUCUUCGUCAACCUUCUACUCCUCGAGGUUUCAGACCCAUGGCUGCCAUCAACCACAACCGUGUCGCCUCCGGCACUGAGAACGGGCGGGAGGAACCUGAGACCAACAUUUUCUCCGACAACUACAAGGGUGAACACACUAUGCGUAAUGCGAGCGCCAUGGAACUAUCCCCCGAGGAGAACUGCGCACUCUGGUUGACCAACCUGCCUCCGGACGUCACUCACAACCAGCUCCUUUCCCAGAUCCGCAACAUCGGCCGUAUCUGGUGCAGUGUCAUCAACGAACCUGACUACGAUCGACAUGACACCGCCGCCGCAAAGGUUGUCUUCUUCACCCCUCGUCCCGCACAGCUUCUUCUUUCCAAGUCCUUGACUCAGGGUCUUGAAAUCUCUGGGUACCCCGUUCGAGUCACUCACAACCGUGUCAAAUACGGCGAACAGCCCAUGGUCGGAGCCGCUUCUCGCGUCCUUAUCAUCACCGGAAAAUCGUCCUUUGUCAACCCCGAGAGCCUGACUGAUUUCUUCAAGGAGCGCUUUGUCUUUGAGAUUGACGAAAUCACCCCGCUCAUUGUCCAGCCCGCGCGGGUCAAGGGUGGCAGAUCUAUCAUCGAGUACCGCUUUGGUAGCUUCCGUUGCCAGGCGCAGAUGGGCAAGAUGGCCCUGGAGAAGGACCGACCUCAGGGAUUUGAGAAAGUCGAGUUUGGGGAGGAUCCCUGUGAAGUUGGAGAGACCCUUGCUUCUUACGGCAUUGCCGCUGAACGUAUCCAGGGAAAGGGAAUCUAA